UCUGGGCACAGAUCAAGCAGCUCUUUCAUCAGCUACAUAAUCACUUGAAGCACAAAGACGCGCUGAUGGGGCAGUUUGCGUCCAAACGUAACUUAACUGCCGGGGGGGCGCACUCUUCCACCAAUGAGGAGGGACCUCCCAGGUACUCCUCACACCACUUUGAUGGCAGCUCCGUGAAUGGAGGCAAUGGGCUCCGAAUCCCUCCCACCAUCGUCGUCUCCGAUGAGGAGUCCAGCACAUCAGAGCGUCGCGGCUCCAGGGCAGAGCUGCGCAGGUCCUCCGUCUACAGUACCAUGGACCUGGUGCCCCAGCUGGAACAUUACGCCAAUACUUUGCCACGCCAGACGACAAAGAGCAGGCCGACUCUUGAAACCCUGCGCAAGACAUUUGAGGUUGUGGAGAUCGGAAUGGACGGAAUGUCCACCUCUGACUCAGGCAGCCUGCCGGAACCAGAUAUGGAAAACGAAGAGUCUGAUGGUUCUAAGGGAUCAGCUCCAAUUAGAUUUGGCUGGAUAAUCGGCGUCAAGAUGCGCUGCAUGCUGAAUAUUUGGGGCGUUAUCAUGUUCCUGCGUCUGUCAUGGAUCACGUCUCAGGCCGGCAUUGUGUUGACUUGCGUAAUUAUCCUGAUGUCCGUGGUGGUGACCUCUGUGACUGCACUGUCCAUCUCUGCUAUUGCCACCAAUGGGAGGGUGAGAUCAGGCGGAGCAUAUUUCAUGAUCUCUCGUACGCUGGGUCCUGAAAUCGGAGGACCAAUUGGACUGGUGUUUGCCUUAGCAAACGCGAUGGCCUGUGCGCUCCACACUGUUGGUUUUUCAUUGGUGGUUCGUGAUUUGACGCAUGAAUUUGGUGCCGUCAUGGUGGAUCCAAUCAAUGAUGUUCGCAUUAUAGGCGUAGUCACAGUCACGAUUCUUCUCAUGAUUACUCAGGCUGGAAUGGCGUGGGAGUCCAAGACCCAGAUUUUGUUCUUCUUAGCGCUUAUGGUGUCCUUUGCAAACUAUAUUAUUGGCACCGUAAUCCCUCCAACCGUUGAGAAGCAGGCUAUCGGGAUCUUCGGAUACCGAGGCGAUAUUUUUGUCCAGAACCUCACACCAAACUGGCGGGGCGCUCAAAACGAUUUUUUCCGGAUGUUUGCCAUUUUCUUUCCUGCUGCUACUGGAAUUAUGUCCGGGGUCAACAUCUGUGGAGAUUUAAAGGACCCUGCAACAGCUAUCCCAAAGGGUACAUUGAUGGCUAUUUUUUGGACAACACUCAGCUACCUGGUGAUAGCAGUAACUACAGGGUCAUGUGUGGUGCGGGACGCCUCUGGGAAUCCAAGUCACAUCCUGACGGGAAACAACACGGACGGUUGCGUGGGACUGGCGUGUAACUUGGGUUGGAACUUCACAGACUGUAGCCAGUCGCAGACCUGUCGAUUUGGACUCGCCAACAGCUUCAAUGUUCUUGGACAACUCUCCGGUGUUUACUACAUCAUCAUUGUGGGAAUCUUUGCUGCCACUUUAUCUUCUGCCCUGGGUUUUCUUGUCUCUGCUCCCAAAAUCUUUCAGUGUCUGUGCAAUGACAAAAUAUACCCGUACAUCAUUUUCUUUGCGAAAGGUUAUGGGAAAAACAACGAGCCACGUCGAGCUUAUAUACUCUGCUUCUUAAUUGCAACAGCUGUCAUCCUGAUUGCGGACCUUAACGCCAUCGCUCCCCUGAUCUCCAAUUUCUUCCUUUGCUCCUAUGCCCUGAUUAACUUCAGUUGUUUUCAUGCAUCCAUCACCAAUUCCCCUGGCUGGAGGCCGGCCUUCCAAUACUACAGCAAAUGGACGGCUCUGUUUGGAGCGGUCAUAUCCGUGGUGCUGAUGUUCCUGUUCACCUGGUGGGCUGCUCUGAUCACCUUCUCCAUCAUCAUCUUCCUCUUAGGAUACGUCAACUACAACAAACCAAAGCUAAACUGGGGUUCGUCAAUGCAGGCCGGCACAUACAACAUGGCUCUGUCUUCCUCCGUCUCUCUGACCGGAGUGGAGGAUCAUGUGAAGAAUUUCAGGCCCCAGUGUCUCGUCCUGACUGGUCCUCCAAACCAGCGGCCCGCACUGGUGGACUUUGUCGGCUCCUUCACGAAGCACAUCAGCCUCAUGAUCUGUGGCGAUAUUAUACUGGAGCAGGACAGGAAGACGCGUCCUCAGGACGACACAAACAGUUUGGUUAAGUGGAUGAACAAGAGGAAGGUGCGGUCGUUCUACACUCCCCUGUCUGCUGACAACUUAAGGGCUGGAACUAAGCAGCUGCUUCAGGCGUCCGGUCUGGGUAAACUGAAACCCAACACUCUCGUUCUGGGCUUCAAGUCCAACUGGAUGGACAGUGCUCCGGACAGCAUUGAGGACUACAUCAGCACCAUUUAUGAUACGUUUGACUCCAACUACGGUUUGUGCAUCUUGAGGAUGACGGAUGGACUGGAUAUCUCUGAUGAUUUAGAAUUUGAAGUCAACCAGGGCUUUGAGGCCGAUGAAAACGUGGACAAUCUGGACCAGCAGGCCAACGAGGAGGAAACGGCUCCUCCUCAUCUUGCAGCUGAUGACAUGUCUGACGAAGGCAGCAGUGAUCAGAUCAAGACCGUGUUUCAAAACGACCAGGGAAAGAAAACCAUUGAUGUCUACUGGAUCGCAGACGAUGGAGGUCUGACUCUACUGGUGCCCUACCUGAUCACCAGGAGGAAACGCUGGCGCCGAUGCAAGGUCCGGGUUUUCACCGUGGGCGACGAACAAAACAUGCAGGAGGCUCGCGAUGAGAUGAUGGCUCUGCUGAACAGGUUUCGUUUGAACAUUAGUGAUGUUAUAGUCAUGACAGACAUUGAGAAACAACCUCAUCCAAAAAGCUUGAGCAGGUUUGUGGACAGCGUCGCCCCCUUCAGGCUACACGAUGGACAGCAGGAAGGCAUCUCAGUGCAGGAGCUGAGACAAAACGCUCCCUGGAAGAUAUCUGACAAACAAUUUGAGGCCUUUAAGCUGAAGUCUGAGCGAAAGGUGAGGCUGAAUGAAAUCAUUCGGAAGAAUUCGAGAAACACCGCUCUUGUUCUAGUGAGCCUUCCAGUUCCUCAAAGUGAUUGUCCCAGCGCUUUGUAUAUGGCCUGGCUGGACACUCUGACGUGUGGCCUUAUCUGCCCCACCGUGUUGAUACGAGGAAACCAACAGAACGUCCUCACAUUCUACUGCCAGUAAAACUAGCGAUGAACCGAUCCGCAUUCUUUCACUUUCGAUACGAUAUCAAUAUCUGAGGUUUAGCAUCGCCCGAUAAAUUGACUACAUUAGUGAAAAAGUGAAAAGUAAACUGCAACAAACCUUGAAGAAUGACAGCGCUCAGAGCACAAAGCAUAGAAUUGGACUGAAUAGAUCAGCCCCUAUGAACCGGACACAUUGUCACUGAUACCUUAUCUAGAAUUUUUUUUUUCAAUAUCGGAACCGAUAAACAUAUGCAAUAUCGGAUCAGAGCAUCUCUAAGUGAAACUUCAUGUUUAGUGAUGGGAUUGCAAUAGGAAUGAAGAACUGUUCUGUAAAUAAUUAUCCACAAAUAAUAACAAGAUGAAAUGUUGAAAUAUGUGUAUGUCUGUAAUAUUACAAAAAGAGACAUAGCUAACGGUAUGAAAAAAGUGUUGUAGCUCCUUCUGCAGUCAAACGAGUUAACAAUGCAUAGAUAUUAAUUCAUUUAUUCUUUGAUUGACCACAGAUUAGUUUAGUUCUAAUGAUUUGCAUGCAUGUAAAUAUGUGUUGGUACCAUUUAUUGUUUUGGUGUUUGGUUUGUGUAAGUAGUAUUUUUUUCUUGUUCUUUUCUGAUCACCCAUUUACUUGGUAUAAGUGGUGAACUUGCCUCAGGUAUAAAUGCCAGCUUCUUUGUCUCACUUGUAACAUAGCCACUAUGUUUGUUUUUGUCUGAAUAAAUACAUUAAAAAGUAAAUGUAUCAAACUGUUUUGUAGAAAAGUUGCUGUUGUAUGAUUGUUAAAAUUAUUCUGAAUUUCCACUUUUUAAAACUGAUUUUGCGCAGUAUCAUGCUGGUUUUAGGUAUCAUGCAUGAUCAGCGCCGCAGAUCAUGCAUUUUAGAAACUCUUAUCAGAACCUGCACCCAGGAAACGCCGCUUGGUGCGAGAGGACGCCACCGAGGGGAAGGAAAGACGCUCUCAGUGAGAUCUGGACUUUACUUUUCUUUUUUGGUGGUACCACUGUUUUUUUCCUCAUCUUUUUGGGUUUUUGACAUUUUGGAUUUUUCAUUCUGGAUUGGGACGUUGGAUUAGAACGGAGAAGUACUUCCAGGAUUUUGUUGUUUUUUGAGGAUAUGGGACUCUUUUGCGGACAUUAUUCUCAUUUUUUUAAAAACGGGAAUUUUGGACAUUUGUUUUAGAGGUGUUUUUGCUGACACAAACUGAGUCACUUAAAUCUAACCUAU